CUCCUCCCGGGCCGCUUUAGGGUGGAGUUGGCCCAGUUGGGCGUCGCCGUUUGUGAACGGUCUUGGGAGCUGCACGAGCUGCACGAGUCAUUGGCUAGUCUCCGUGACUACCGUCGAUGGGAGAUUCCGCUGCCAGCGCGAUCGCGGAGGCUGCGGCGGCGAAGGAAGAGGUCGAAAAAUACAAGGGCUAUGUGAAGGACAUGCGCCGCCGGCUGGCUAUGGUGGGCGGGAACGUGCCGCCUAGCUCUCUGGACGUGUACGAAGAAAUGCUUCCUCUCGUGGAGAACGACAUUUGGCAGACGGGUCAGUCGGGCUGGCUCACCGCUGACCCGGGACAGGGCCUGGCGCCGCCCAAGGAGAACGAGAUCUUGCCGUUGUUCCUGCUGAGUCCGGCGGCGGCGGAGUAUGCCGCUGACAGCAGCAGAUACGAGCUGUUCGACAGCGGCUUCUUCCCUCUGUGGGGGAUCUACAUGGGCUGCUCGCGCAAGUUUGCCGACCUGGCGUUGAUCGAGCUGACCGGCUUUGACAAGGCGGAUGUGGUGCCAUCUGUGGACGGAGUGCCUCCUGAGCAACAGGCGCUGCCCUUCAGGGCGGUGUGGGAGCCGGGGAACACGCUGGAGAAGGAACGGGCCGAAACGCUCAACACGCCCUACCCCUUUCCAGUCCCUUUCCCUGGCCGCUCGCGCUCGACCAUCAUCCUCAACUGGCUCGGCUGCCGCUGCUCGUGGCCGAUGACACAGUUUAUGUGGUGGAACUGCAUCUCCUGCAACAUGCACCAGGUCGCCGUGAUGAUCUGGAUGCCGGUGUCGGUCCUGUUUGAGUGGAUCCUGCUGGACGGGCUCUUUGACAUCGAGUUCAUCAGCAAGGCGGCCCGGAGCGACCCCAAUGAGCGUGUGAUGGUCGCCUCGCCCCGCAGGGUCGCGCAAAAGGCUGCCACCCUGCUCAUCUACUUCAUCUUCCCCUUCAUUGUGCUCGGCUACAUCGCGAGCUCCGGCCUCACCGCUUGGUUCCGAAGCCUCUACCAGGGUCGGAUGAUGCUCCGCUCGCUCGCUGCGCGGCGAGAAGCGAACAACGAGGCGUACUGCUCGCUCCUCUGGUUCGCCAUCUGGGUCGAGGUGCACUCGGUGGUGAUCCCAGCCUACAUCCCGUUCAUCGGCCCCGCCACCUUCGUCUUCCACUACGGCGCCAACCUGGUGCAGCUCGCAAAGUACUAUGUCAUCCUCGACGUCAUCAUCAAGUUUCAGCAAAUCUCCCUCUGGUUCGUGCACUGGCUCUUCUGCCUCACUCCGGACCAGAUCAACGUGACGACCCAGUACUAUGCCGGCAAGCGCGCCGUCGACGAGAUGGACGCCGCCUUCUACCUCUACAUGUGGAGCUUCUGGGUCGUCAUGAUUGGCAACAUGGUCGGAUGGGGCUUCGAGCUCGGCUAUCUCUGGCAGUGGUCCGUCCCGGCCCUCAUCCUCCUCUACGCCUGCUUCCUGCACUCCUUCCCCUACUGCUUCGCCGGCCAGGCGAUCUGCCCGCCGCACACGGAGGCCGCGGUCCGCUGCAUUAUGAUCAGCACGACCUUCGUCUUCCUCCUCAUCCACAUCUCGUGGCGCGCCUGCUUCCUCUUCCCGUGCCUCUGCGCGCCCGAGGUGCCGGGGUGGCUCUUCUUCCCGCCGCACGACCCGCCGCCCAACCCCCUCAAGGGCCAGAUCAUCGACCUCUACGGCUUCCGAGUCUUCCUCGACAAGCUAGCCAACGGCUUCGCGAUGCCGGACGACUGCGUCUGGGAGCCCGUCCGUUAGCUUCCUACCAUAUUGUGUCGUCUGGGCGCCGGCCGCCGCACCCGCAGCCACCCAGAAGGACUCCG